AAUCGACUUAUUCCGCCGCACCUACUGUGCUCCCGCGUCCGAGGUUCGCUGGCGCACGACCAACCUAAGUCAACACCCGUCUCCGGACCGGCGUCGAGCAAGGAAAAGAGGAAAAAAAAAAGAAUAGAGAAAACACCAAAACCAAAGCCGAAAAUGCCCCCUCGCCCACGCCUACGAGCCUGCUCCUCGGCCGCCGCCUCCCCCGCCUCUUCCCUCGCGACCGUCUUCGUGCGCCUGUCGAUGCGCACUCCCGCUCCGGCGGCGCCGCUCGCGGCGGGCGUCUCCAUCCUCGACGUGCUGAUUCCGCCGGCGAAGCGGCCGGUCCGCGCCUUGCAUAUGGCCGGCGCCUCGCGCCGCGCGACCAAGCAGCCGUCGGCCGUCGUGCCGCCAUCACUGCCGCCGCCGCGCCGGCUCUUCAGCUCCACGGCGCCCUGGCGCCGCACCGCGGUCGUGUACAACCCGCAGAAGGACGACAACGGGAACGACAUGCUGCUGGAGAUCACGCCGCGCGCCGCCGACCGCCUCUCGCAGAUCAUGGCCAAGGACAAGAACCCGCACCUCGCGCUGCGCAUCUCGGUCGAGUCCGGCGGCUGCCACGGGUUCCAGUACCUGAUGUCGCUGACGUCGCUGCCGCCGUCGCUGCUCUCCGCCCCGCCGCCGGCCUCCGAGCCGCCCCGCCGCCCGCCCGAGACGUCGCCCUCGCACCCGCCCUCCUCCUCCGCCGCCGCCGCGCAAGUCGUGUCCUCGACGACGACGAAUGCUGCCGCCGCCCCCGCCGCCCCGGCUAUCGGCGAGGACGACACGGUCUUCGCCUUCGUCAACGAGCCGGCGGCGGUGGUGGUGGUGGAGGGCGCCCCCAAGGUCGUGCUCGACGCGCCGAGCCUCGAGCUGCUCAAGGGCAGCAAGGUCGACUUCACCAUGGAGCUGAUCGGCAGCCAGUUCAAGAUCGUCGACAACCCGCUCGCCACGAGCAGCUGCGGCUGCGGCACCAGCUUCGACAUCAAGCUGUGAGAGGGGGGGGGGGCCGACCCCUCUCCUAUUCUCCGAUCGGCUCAGAACAGAGUAGGGCAGGAAGAAAGGAAGCCCUCCGCGCAGCACGAAGACCCGUGCCUGUAAAUGUGUACUACGCUCUACCUAGGUACUAGAUAACCUCUGCCCACACCCUCCCGUCUCGCUCCGUCUAGGUAUCCCAGCAAGCAGCCAAGGCAGGCAGAAUGAAUGCAAAUCCGUCCCGACUCCGGGCCCGUCUGCGCCCAAGCUAGAUCGAUCGAUGAGCC